UCUCCCCAGCUGACAGUAUCUGAACGAACUACGGAUACAGGGAGCUAAUAGAUCGGACGUUCCAUUUAUAAUAGUUCGGCCGCCCAAAGCGCCACUGUGUACUUCUAUUUUUAGAUAUACCAAAUUUGUCAUGUUGUAAAUAAUAAUUUUAAAAAUCUUGAAACAUGGAUCCUUUAGAACAAUUUAAAGAAUCAAUUUUAGAAACUCUUUAUAAUGAAACAGAAGAUUUAAUUCAUCCCUCAACAACAAUCACUGAAAUAUCCUAUUCUGAAACUCAAGAUAAAUCUUGGCCAUUAACAUUCUACAGAGAAUAUGUUUCAAAAAACUGUCCACUUAUAAUUAAGGGAGGUUGCAGCCACUUUAAAGCAACAAAAUCCUGGAACUCAUCUUACUUUAAAAAUACAUUUCCUCAUAAAGAUGUAACAGUUGCUGUGACUCCAAACGGAUAUGCUGACGGAAUAAAUACCGUAGAAAUAGGGGAAUAUUUCUUUUUACCAGAGGAAAGAUCAAUGUCAAUGAGUGAAUUUCUGAUUAUGCUUGAUCAGAAACUUAAUAAUGUUAUUCCAUACAUCCAACGACAAAAUUCUAACUUAACACAAGAUUUUCCGGAAAUUAUUGAUGAUGUUGGUGAAGAUAUAAAGUGGGCCAGUGAGGCUUUUAACAAAAGUCCAGACGCAGUAAAUUUUUGGAUGGGUGAUGAGAGGGCCAUCACUAGCAUGCACAAGGAUCCAUAUGAAAACAUCUAUUGUGUAAUUGACGGUCACAAAGAUUUCAUAUUAAUACCACCAACAGAUCUGCCAUAUGUACCUUACAAAAAGUAUGAGGUAAUGAAGUACAAAAAUGUGAUGGGCGAAACGUAUGGUUAUGAAAAAGACGAUAACGUCCACGAGAUCAAUUGGGUGGCAGUAGAUCCCUUAAAGCCAGAUUAUGAUACAUAUCCAGAAUUUAAAAAGGCUCACGUUUAUAAUUUCAGGUUGUACAAAGGUGAUAUGCUGUAUUUACCUAGUUUAUGGUUUCAUCACAUUCAGCAAAGCCACAAAUGUAUUGCAGUAAACUACUGGUAUGACAUGGAAUAUGACCUCAAAUACUGCUAUUACAAAAUGUUGGAAAAUGUGUGUGAUAAAAUUAAAUAACAAUACAAAAUUUCAGUUUUAUUUGUACAUAAAAAAACUAAAUUAAAAUUUCACAAUUUAUUACAAAAAUAAAACAUAAAAAUAUCAUUCAUUAGUCA